AUGUACCUUGCUGUCUCCUUACCAACAGUGCUUGCAGCUUUCAUCAAUUGUUACAAUGUCAAAUUGGCUACAAGAGUGCAAACCUUCUUCACUGGGGCAAAGUUGCUGGCAAUCGUUAUUAUCGUGAUUGGGGGGAUUUACAAAAUUGCUGAGGGGCAUGGCGAGAAUCUCAUACCAGAUUUUGAAAAGACUGGUGACAUUGGGAACUUAGCCAGUGCCUUUUACAGUGGCCUUUGGGCAUAUGAUGGAUGGAACAACAUGAAUUUUGUGACUGAAGAAAUUGAGAACCCACAUGUAAAUUUCAUUUCCAGAAAUUUGCCAAGGGCCAUAAUGAUUGCACUUCCUCUGGUCACCCUGUGUUACACCUUGGUGAAUAUCGCAUAUUUGAGUGUUAUGACUCCAGCUGAGAUCAUUGCAAGUAAAGCAGUGGCAGUGACAUUUGGUGAAAGAGUCUUGGGGAAGGCAGCCUUUAUUAUGCCUUUAGCUGUUGCGUUUUCAACAUUUGGAGCUGCCAAUGGAUCCGCAUUCACUAUUGGAAGGCUAGUUUUGAUGUCGUAUGCUGCAGCAAAAGAGGGUCACAUGGUUGAUGUGCUGGCCUAUGUGAAUGUCAAAAGCUUGUCUCCUUCUCCUGCAAUUGUUUUCAAUGCAAUUUUGGCUGUGACGAUGAUCAUGACUGGGGAUAUUAGGAAUUUGAUUGAUUUCGUCAGCUUUACAACAUGGAUUUUUUAUGGAUUAUCCAUGGUGUCACUCAUGAUCAUGCGAAGGACAAAGAAAGACACGAGGCGUCCUUACAAGGGGGAUGCGCAGCAAGUGCCCAACAAGUGA